AUGUACGGAAGACGUCUUUUUCUAUGCUUGUUUCUGUUACCCUUUUCCUUCUGCUCCCCGGUCGAGAAUGCCGCCCGUGAGGAUGUUCUUGCCAAAGCGACAAAGAAUUACCAGGGAAUCAAUUGGGAUCUUGCAGCCAACGACUGCGGAGGAUCCAGGUUCAACACCCUGGUGGAAGCCACUCGGAUGGCCAUCCAGCUCACUGAACGCCCAAGCCAACCGGUGAGUACGCCGGGGUGGAACCGCUUCUUCCUCUCCGACAAGCAUAUCAAGAAAAGGGAAGGCUGGAUUGGGCAAGGCACUCAUUAUGCGAAAGUGCUGGGGAAAUGGGAGAUACACUUCUGCGAUCAAUUCUGGGCCGUUGGUCACCUCAAAGACAAACGCCGAAAGAACUCCCCGCAGGACUUAGAGACUCUGAAAAGUUUCGAACAUGUCAUCGCCCACGAGCUUCUGCACUGUGGUGUUGUGACAGGUAGCAGUCAGAGGGCUAUUGAUAAGAAAGCCACCCUUCCAAGCUGGCCAACAGAAGUGGACGUAUACGGAGCCAGUCGGUGUUCCGAGUACGCGUGGCUGUAUGCAGAUAAGAAGAAGGCCAAUUUCGUGGUCAAGGAAAAUGCGGAUAAUUAUGCCUGGUUCUAUACCAACAAUUGGUUCAACAAGCAAUGGAACUGGCAUGACGAUGGGGAAGGCGAUGAAGCCAGUGUUGGGGGUGGGGGUGAGGACGUUGCCUACUAUCUAGGUACGCUUGCCAAGGUAACGAGCCCCCAUGGUCGAUCGUGA